AUGAGUAAACAACAAUUAAAUUUACUAAGACAAUAUCCUACUUACAAAAAAUUAUAUGCAAUGCAAGAAAAAAUAGACCAAAUGGAAAAUAGUAAAGUCCAUUUCAAUGACAUUUGUUCUAAUGUUGAUUACUUUUUUGAAAAAGGGGUAAUUGUACAAAAUGUUAUGCAAAUAGAACACCCAGCAGAAGCAGCCAUGAAAGGAAGUAAAAAUUUAGAUCGUCCUAAACUAGUACUUCAUGAUGACGUUGAUUUACUUUGGAAUUCAAUGAAAAAAGGAAGUACUUUAGAGCUAGAUGAAUACCAAGUUUCAAAGAAAAAAGAUGAAGACAUUUAUAUUAAAAAUGAUAACUUCCCACAAAUUGAUAAGGAAAAAGUAAAAGAAGAAGUUUCAAAAAUGACAAUUCCUUCAACAAUUCACUUUAACCCUCAUGUCCUUGAAGUUUGUCAUACAUUCAAACAAAAAAUAUUUACGACAAAUGAUUUAGCUGAUGCAAUUCUUUCAGUACUUGGACAUUGA